GGCAGCAGCAGCAGCAGCAGCAGUAGCAGUGGUCCUUGUUAGUUGGCAGCGGCGAGUUGCGUUAUCAGGUGGAGGAAGAGUGCAGGGUUUCUCUAGCAAGAUGAUGAAGGUAGCCUUGGUUUUUGUGUGUGCAGCAGCCUGCAGUCAGGUCCUGGCAGCAGCAGCAGCAGCAGCCGCAGCCGCCACUGGCAGGUCGGACAGAGGCAAUUUUCUGGAUGAUAAACAAUGGCUAACCACUGUGUCCCAGUAUGACAAGGAUGCUGCUGGCCACUGGAAUCGAUUUCGAGAUGAAGUGGAGGAUGAUUACUUUCGUACAUGGAAUCCGGGUAGACCUUUUGAUCAAGCCCUAGAUCCAUCUAAAGAUCCAUGUUUAAAAGUGAAAUGCAGUCGUCAUAAAGUUUGCAUUGCUCAGGAUCAAGAGACUGCUGUGUGCAUCAGUCACAGAAGAAUCACACAUAGCAUGAAGGAAGCUGGACUAAGCUAUAAAUACUGGAGAGGUGUACCACUUUCAUCCAGCUGUAAGCAAUGCCCUAUAAUAAACACAAAUCCAGUGUGUGGAUCUGAUGGACAUACAUAUUCAUCACAGUGUAAACUAGAAUAUCAAGCAUGUCUCUCAGGUAAGCAGAUCUCCGUGAAGUGUGAAGGACAUUGUCCCUGUUCACCAAACAAAUUGAAAACUGCAAGCAAAACAAAUAAAAGGGUGUGCACAGAUCGGGAGUUUCGGGAGAUUGCCAACCGACUGAGAGAUUGGUUUAAAGCUCUUCAUGAAAGUGGUUUCCAGAAUAAAAAGAGCAAAACAGUAACCCGAGCAGAAAGAAGUAGGUUUGAUACCAGCAUUUUGCCAAUUUGUAGAGAUUCACUUGGAUGGAUGUUUAAUAGACUUGAUACAAACUAUGAUCUCCUGCUGGACCAGUCAGAGCUUGGAAGCAUUUAUAUUGACAAGAAUGAGCAAUGCACUAAAGCCUUCUUCAAUACAUGUGAUACAUAUAAAGACAGCUUAAUAUCCAACAAUGAGUGGUGCUACUGUUUCCAGAGACAGCAAGAUCCCCCUUGUCAGACAGAGUUAGGCAACAUUCAGAAACAACAGGGAGGAAAGAAACUUUUAGGUUAUUACAUACCAGUAUGUGAUGAAGACGGGUACUACAAGCCAACUCAGUGCCAUGGAAGUGUCGGCCAGUGCUGGUGCGUUGACAGAUAUGGCAAUGAAGUUUCAGGAUCCCGGAAAAUUGGCUCUGCAGAAUGCGGAAGUGAUUCGGAAACAUCCGGAGAUUUUGGCAGUGGAGAUUUUCAUGACUGGACGGAUGAAGAGGAUGACGAAGAUGAAAUGAUGAACGAUGAGGAUGAAAUUGAAGAUGAUGAUGAGGAUGAAGGUGACGAUGAGGAUGAAGAUGGAUAUAUUUGACAUUAAAUAAGGCAGAUUUAUUCUAUUUUUCAUGUCAACGAAAAGACAUCACUUAGAAAAUUACCUUUGCUCACUUAACCACCAAGAUGAAAAGAAUUUGAAAACAACGUGUAUAUUUUGUAUAAUCAUAUCAAGUAUUAAAGCUGGAGUCAUAGACUUUUGUUUAACGGUCAUUUAUGUGCUUAUGAGCUUUUAUAUGCUUUUGACAAAGAGAAAACACAUUUGAAGUAUAACCUGAAGAAAACAUACAUUUUGAGGACAAGAAUAUUUUGGAGGAAGCAGAAUCAAAGAAAUGAUUAUACCUGUUAUCUGUUUGCCGUAGUCUGAGUUGCCCAAAUGUUAAGAACCCUAGGAUAUAAAAUUAGCCACCAGAUCUGGAUUUCCACUCCUUACUGCAAUAUGUUGUUGUUGUUGAAAUAUAAUUCUGUAAAACCAACGCUUAUGCGUUUCCUCAGAUUAUGCAGAAAUGUGUUUAUUUUUGUGGGCUUUCAGGUAUCCUUUUGGGUUCAGCUUUUUCUUUUAAUAUUAAUUUUAAAGUAAUUAGAACAAAUUUUGGGUGAAGAAGUUGAGAAGGAAUAUGGUUCUGGGUGUGGCAGUUUAAUCCUAAUGAGAGUUUUUGAUCUGAUAUUCAGCAUUGGGUAUUUGCCCAUUUAGGCUGCAUUCAUUGUUUUUGCAUGCAUUACAAAUACUCUCAAUAUACCAUGGGUGUCUGACCUCGGCCAUCCAGUUGUAGCACUCAGAAAGCAACAGCUGUUAAACAAAUGUAGUUCAAGGAUAUUUUGAAAGCUGCAUGUUGGACCCACCUGGCAUAUUUAUUUCAUUUACAUAACUAACUGUAUAUGCGUUACCUUGUAAGAAGGUCGAUAAGAACCUGUUCACAAAGGAAAUCACCUUCAGUAUUAUGAUGUUACCUGAAUAUGUUUUGGAAUAUUUCAUGUUUGAUAUAGUUAUUUUAAUUAGCCAUGUAACGAUACAGAGUGUCUUUAAAUCCAGUUAAACCUAUAAGUCUGAUAUAUUUUUAUAUAUCUUUAAGCUCCGUUAGUCACAUAAGUGGAAGAAAUAGUGAAUGCAUUUCAGAGUAAUUACUACAACUAUUAUGUUUUCUGAAUGAAAGGAAAUCCUGUUAACUCGAGUAAUAGUUCUUUAUUGCUUCUAUUUACCAAGCUCAGGAAAAGAGUGCCUUGCAGCUCAUGAAUAUGUCUCACUUGGCACAUAUCUCCUUUAGCUAUUGUUGCAGGUUUAUUAGUCCUUAAGAUUCGUUCUUGCAGGUUUAUUAGUCCUUACGGUUUGUUCCCGCCUGUGCUCAGAAAUACUUACCCGCCCAUAAUUGUACUCCAAAGGCUUUGGAGUAAACUCUACAUAUUUUACUUCAUUUUGCUUAGUACAGCAGAAAACCUAUGCUAGAUACAGGCUUUGGUAUUUUUCUGAAGGGGUGAUAAGCAAAUGUUAGGGUUUUCCUGUGCUGCUAUGCCUGGUCAUUUCUGUUUCUGAUCUUUUCCAUGCUGACCAUGUCCUCCUAGUGCCAGGCAGUCCUCCUUCACAACUACACAUGAUUCUUUCAAGUACAUAAUAAGAGUACAGAAAGGCAAAGAACAUGAAGGUUUUAGCAACAGCAAGAGAAUAGUGGAGUGCAAACAAAACCAAGAGGAUGCAGUAAGCCCUAGGUCUCCAAGAGAUGAAAAUAAAUCUCAGCAAGGUACUAUAACCUAAGAAAGUAUCAAGGAUCUAGAUUAAGAGCUCUGCUCUAUUAGAUGGGAGGCCAUUAUAAUACAUUAAAGGGCUUAUUUAUCAGUUUUCGAGUUUGUGAAUUCGAGUUUGUGUUUCUAAAUUGAAUAAACUCGCAUAUCGAAUGGUUGCUUAUUUACUAAUAAGGAAAACUCCUUUGAAUAAAAAACCUGAAUAUCUCGAAUGUUUCGAGUUUGAGAAUAUGGCUUGACUUUGCCUAUGACAGCCCCCAUUGACACCUAUAAAAACUCGCAAGCUUUUAUAUGGCGAAUUUUUACAUUCAAAUUUUUUGCACUUAACAAAUACCAGACAUUUGAGUUUUUGAACCAUAACUCGAAUUCAAGUUUUUUAAGCACAAAAAAAAUCAAACUCGAUCGUUGAUAAAUCACCCCCUAAGUCUUCUGGCAUGAUUAUGUAUAUAAAUGCUAAUUUUCUAUUGAAUUUAGCAAGACUUAUAAAGACCUAUCCUGCUUGUUACUUUUUUCAUAAAGAUGCCUAACCGAACAAGAAUUUUGGCAGAUAUAUUGUCUGUGGUGCUGAGCUGUCGGUUGGACAUCCCUGGUAUAAACUGAUAAUGUAUCAAUACUUUAUUGGCGUAAUUCCUGGGUUGGCCAGCUGGAUCCUGGUGACAUUUAAAUACAUCUCCCCUAAGCAGAGUUCCAGAUUUUCCCAGCUCGCUGCAUUAAUACUAGAUUAGGUGCUGCUGCAGGGAUUGAGAAAUGGGUACUUUUUCAUUUUUUUCUUUUACGUAGUGUGAAUUGGAUUAUGCUUAUAAUUAUUGUGUAUGUUUGCAUUUCUUUCCUAAGCUUAAAAAGCUUACUUUAUUCUGUAUAAUUAUGUUGGCAUGUUAAUUCAUUCAGUAGAUCCUUCAAAACUCCACUACCUUCUUGUAUAUUGGCUUCGAGCCCACAAUAAAAUGGGAAAAGUAAAACUUUCCACAAUUGUUUCUUUACUUUCAGUGGUGGUCCCCCUGUAAUUCAUUCAUUUUGUGUUACUUUUUAUUUGAUCUGAAGAACAUUAUUGAAUAAAUUUACUGUUUAUCUUAUGAAAAAACUGAGAAAAAUGCAUUUUCUUUUAUACAGUUUAUGUAUAGUUUGCAAAAUAAAGACUCUUAUAACGAA